AUGACCGUCAAAGUAAAUGAGAAGAAGACUUUACUUCAGUAUGUUCUAGAUAAUACAAGCAAUGAAGUGCCAUUGCUACCUAGUUUGAAAGAGUACAUGGAGACGGUGCUUGUAUACCAAUCCAUAAAACGGCCUCUACCAGCGAUUCGACCACAAGAAUCAUUUGACGAAUUUAUGAAAGAGUUGGUGACCCGUUUAGUUAUGGAAAAAUCGAAUAAUGUUAUAGCUUAUGGGUAUAAGACCUCCGCAAUGGAGAGUCGAAGUAUAUUUACAACGUUUCAUUCGAGUGGGAAUUUUAUUUUAACUCACAUUACAAGCCAUAACUGGAGUACAAUAUUUCUGUUACUCGGACCUAAAAAAUUUCUAGAGCUAUUAGUUAAUAAUAAGGGGUUUGUUAGUAAGGUGAAUGGUGAAUCUGUGCAAAUAUUCGGUGACGUGAACUCUCACAGAAAGGCUGUCGUCGUUUCCAAAUACAUUACCAAAUUCAAUGUGCUUUACAACUCCUAUUCCAGGGACUUCUCACGCUUUGAGAUGAUAAGACCCAGUAUUCAAACUAUAUUACAGGAUAUUCUUUCCUUUUCUGGUUUGAAUCCUGGAAGAUCAUCCAAAAGAUAUCGAGGCUUCAAAAGUUUGCUCUCGAGAAUUAUUGCUAAUGAUAAGAAAUGUAGAUACGACAUUCUAUAUGCUAAGUUUAUUGGUACGUCAAAAUGCAAUUUUGCUAAUGUGGUGAGUAAUAAGACAGAAAUAUCCCAGGUAAUUCAAUUUGUACUUUUAGUAUUGGGUAAAUUGUUACCUUUGGAUGCUUGGGGAGGUGUUUCCAAUAAAAAGAUUAUUAAGGACCGAGUGGUAGAUUUUUUGUUACUUGGGGCAAAUGAAAAGAUACAUAUGGAUGAUUUAUUUAGAGGAAUUAGACUAAAAGAUUUCAAGUGGUUGGGCAGAGCUCACCAAAUUUCUUCGAAACAAGAUUUCGAGCUCCGAACAGCUUUUCUAAAAGGGUAUCUAUGGUGGUUGUUUGAACAUUUACUUAAAAAUAUUCUCCGUUCUUUCUGGUACAUUACUGAAACUUCAAGUAUAGUGAGUUUAGAGUUGAAUUAUUUUCCUCAGUAUUUAUGGAAAGAGCUAUACGAGUCAUGGGUGUCUAAAUAUGCAAAGAAUAAUCUUGUGAAAAUGCCAUCAAAGAUCCAAAGAGAACAACUACCAUGUGGGAAAAUUAAACUCAUACCCAAGCGCUCGAGCUUUCGUGUUAUUUGUGUACCUAUAAAACGAUCCUUGAAACUAUUGAACAAAAAAUUGGAAUUGGACACAUUGGAAAAGGAGAAAAGGGAAUUUGAAAGGUACAGAAAAGAGGUUUUACUGCCAGUGGGACAAAUACUACGCUUGAAAUUAUCGAAACUAAGAGAUACAUAUGAAAGCUAUAGGGCUUCAGUACAUUCCAGUUCUGAUGUGGCUGAAAAGAUACUGGAUUAUAGAGACUCCUUGUUAACCAGAUUUGGCGAAAUCCCUAAGCUUUUCAUCUUAAAGUUUGACAUGAAAGAAUGUUAUGAUAGACUCAGCCAACCUGUAUUAAUGAAAAAACUAGAGGAACUUUUCGAAAACCAAGAUAAUAAGACUCUGUAUUAUGUUCGAUACUACGCUCAGUUGGACGCGUCACAUAAAUUGAAAAAAGUGAAAACCACUAUAGAUACCCAGUAUCACAAUUUAAACAUUUUGUCGAGCUCAAGGCAUCUCAGUAAUUGUAAAUCUUUGGUCGAUAAGACCAAGACAAUAGCGUUGCAAAAAGGUAACAUUUUGGAAGUUUGUCGAAGCCAAAUCUACGAUGUUGUUGGUUCAGUUAAAGAUGCACGAGGGAAUUUACACCUAUAUAAAAGGAAGAGGGGCGUGUUUCAGGGAUUCUCAUUGCUGUCUAUAUUUUGUGACAUCCUAUAUAGUGCAAUGGUUCAUGAUUGUUUUCAAUUCUUAUGGAAGUCGAAACAGGAUUUUUUAUUUGUACGAUUGGUAGAUGACUUUUUACUUGUAACGCCCGAUUCGAAUAUUUAUGAUCAAGUGCACAAUAUAUUAUCAGGAAAAAUACUUGAGAGCUAUGGAGCUUUUGUUAAUAAAGAUAAAACAGUCGUUGUUAAUCAAACAACCACGAAACCAAGUAUAGAUUUCGUUGGGCUCGAAGUGAAUACAACAGAUCUAAGCAUCAAAAGGAACUCCGGUCUGAUAAGUUUGGUUACGACAAACUUCAGAACAUUCAAGACUUUAGUUAAGUAUUUAAAGACUUUCUAUCAAUUGAAUUUGGAGGGGUUUCUCUUGGACUGUUCUUUUGGGGUAUUGGAAAACGUGCUUGAAAAUAUGGGAUCCCUCCUUAGGUUGGUUUUGAGGGAAUUCAAAACAAAGUUUACCUCCAUUGUCAAAUAUGAUACAUUUCAUUGUUACAAAUUUAUCAAAUUUCUAUAUGACAUAAGUAAUUACACAAUCGUUAAAUAUGUUGAAACAAACAGCGACUGGGAUGGUGCACCUGAACUAUUGAAUUGCAUUAAACAGAUAAUUGUCAAGGAGUUUUCCUCUUUUGAGAGUUACCUGGAAAUAGUCGAGUGGGUACAAACAUUGAAUAUAUAA